AUGCUGCGCCCAGAUCAUCUGUUUCUGCACGACCUGACGAAUGCGCAUCAUCAGGACCUGUCGCGGAAUGUGGAGGAGUUACAGCACGGGCCCGAAAGGCGGAGCAGCGAGCAGCUGCCGACUGCUUCCACGUGCCUUGGGGGCCUCGAGGUGGAGAACAUGCCCGUGCCACAGAUCUGUGCCAUGCUGAAGACGGAUGCCGAACGCGGCCUUACCGAGGAGAUGGCCCGCGCUCGACUCGCGAAGGACGGCCCGAAUCAGCUGCAGCAGCAGCCGAGGCUUGGGUUGGUGAUGCUCUUUCUCCUGCAGCUGACCAGCUUCCUGAUCAUUCUGCUCCUGCUGGCGGCGGCUGCCUCGGUGGUGGUGAACGUCACCAACGACAGCAAGCGUGAGGAGGCCUUGUCCUACACAACUAGCGUGGCGAUUCUGGUCCUUGUCCUCAUCAAUGCCAGCAUCACGUCCUACACCGAGCACCAGGCGGGCAAUGCCCUGGAUGCCUUGGCGAAGCUCUCGCAAGCUGAGGUCUCGGUGCUGCGCGACGGCAAAUCUGUUCGCCUCCCGACAGUGGAGGUGGUCCGCGGGGACGUCGUCGUUUUGGAGACAGGCGACGUGGUCCCGGCGGACGUGCGGCUUCUGUCGACGAGCGACUUGAAAGUCGACGAGAAGGCUCUUACCGGCGAGCCUGAGGACGUGCCCAAGAACACCAAGAUCAAAGAGCAGACGAAGCUGACACCUGAGAACAUGGCUUUCUCGGGAUGUCCUGUCGCCAGCGGGCGAUGCACCGGCGUGGUAGUGGCGACCGGUAUGGACACGCGGAUCGGCGAAAUCGCCCAAAUGAUGGCGAAGGAGGAUGACGAUGCCGGAAGAUGCAGCUGUGGCUCAACGAGCAGCAAGACCCCACUCCAGGAGAACGUGGAGAGGCUGGGCGCUCGUAUCGGCAUGGCUGCGAUCGUCAUGGCCUCCGCCGUCUUCAUCGCGGGCGUGGGCAUCGGUACGAAGGAUCCCGAGUUCCCGGACAGCCCGAGCUGGAUGUACAUGAUCCUGGUGGCGGUGACAUUGGCAGUGGCUGGAAUUCCCGAGGGCAUUCCGCUAUGCAUGACCAUUUCCUUGGCUAUCGGCUGCCAAGAGAUGGUCAGGAAGAACGUCCAGGUGCGGAAGAUAGCGGCCGUGGAGACCCUGGGAUCCGCCUCGGUGAUCUGCAGCGACAAGACGGGCACCCUCACCGAGGGAAAGAUGACCAUGACCAACAUGUGGUCCUGCGGCGUGGGCUACAGCGUCACCGGCCAGGGCUUCAAUCCAACGAUUGGUAAUGUUGAGAGGGAGGGGCAUCCGGGCACCGCCUGCCACGCCGACCUCGGGGUGCGUAGUACCCUCCUCGCAGCGGUUCUCUGCAGCGACACAGAGCUCUUCCUGGCCACGGAUCCCGAGACGGGGGUGCAGGCCUGGCAGUACCGCGGCAAUUCUUCGGAGGCGCCUUUGGUGGUGGCCGCCCAGAAGGUGCCGCUAGAGCACCCAAAGACGACCCCCUUCACCACGUCCUUUAUUUCCGACGCGAUGCACACAACAGAGGAGGAGCGGCUGCGGGUCUCUACGGUGGUGGAUCGUUACUCGGAUGAGGCUCUCCGCGUCCUUGCGGUGGCCGUGGGCUUCGUACCUGUCGGCUCGGCGCUGGACGAAGAGCUGACUGCGGAUGAGAAGUUUGACAGGUUCGGCAAGGAGCUGGUGCUGCUGGGACUCGUAGCCUCUUUGGAUCCAGACCGCGAGGGCGUGAGGGACUCGGUGGUCGCCGCCCGGGGCGCGGGCAUUCGCGUGGUCAUGAUCACCGGCGACUACCUGAAAACGGCCGUGGCCAUCGCCAGACGCGUCGAGAUCCUACAGUCAGAGGACAGCUUGGUUGGGUCUGCUGUAGACUGUGGCGCGUUGCGCCCUGACGCGGAGGAGGAGUAUCUGCCAGACGACGAGAUGGAUGCCCUGACGUCUUCCGUGCGCGUCUUCGCUCGGGCGAAGCCGGCGGACAAGCUGCAGAUCGUGAAGUCCUUGCAGCGCCAGGGCAUGGUUUGCGCGAUGACCGGUGACGGCGUCAACGAUGCGCCGGCCCUCCACGAGGCGCGCAUUGGUGUGGCCAUGGGCCUGCAGGGUACCGAGGUGGCCAAGGGCGCUUCGGAGAUGAUCCUGACGGACGACAACUUCACCUCCAUCGUGCGUGCCGUUGAGAAGGGCCGUGCCAUCUACGCCGGAAUCCAGAAGCUUGUUGCCUUCGUGAUGUCGGUGCACGUUGCCGAAGUGAUCCAGAUCUUCUUCUGCGUGGUGGCGGACAUCCCGCUGAUGCGAACGCCCAUGCAGAUCCUCUUCCUUAUCGUGGUGACGGACUUGCCCCCGUCAAUUGCGCUGGGGAUGGAGCCGGCAGAGAAGGACAUCCUGGCGCAGCCCCCGAGGGCUCGGGACGAACCCAUUGUGCUGGGCUGGAUGUGGCUCAGCAUUUGCCUGAAUGGCUUGGUUUUGGCGAUUGUCAUCAUUGCCAUCUACCUCAUCUCCCUUCAUCGCUUUGCGGGGGCAAUCUUCUUGCGAGACAUCUUCAGCCAUGUGGAGGCCCACGAGACGAAGUCAGUCGACGGGGCUUUGGCGCAGGCGCGGACGGUGGCCUUCGUCGCCCUGGUCCUCAGCGAGAACGUUCGCGCAUACGUCUGCCGCUCCUUCACGAAUCCCGUGUGGGUCGGCCUCUGCCAAAACCGCGUGAUGCUGCGCGCGGUCCUAGUCGCCCAGGCGGCGAUGCUCUGCGCCGUGCUGGUGCCUUUCCUUUCGGACCAGGUUCUUGGUUUGUCCGGCGGCGAUAUCGGAGUGUUUGGUUGGGCCCUCGCCUGCAUCGGCCCUGCAGCAACCCUGGUCCUUUGCGAGCUGACGAAGCUCCUCACGAAAGCCCAACGGGCGCGCUCCUUGCCUAAGGCGCCGACAGACAAGGAGGGAUCAAAAGAGGAAGAGCCCUGA